UGGCCCAUCAAAAUCUAUGGCUGACCAACUUUGAGGAUAUGAACGACUCUAGCUAGUAUAAAAUAAAAGAAAAAAAACAAUCAUUUUCUCUACAAAAGAAAGAGAAGAAAAUAUUUAUAUAUAUGUAGAUUAUUCUCUGUCUUUGGCCAUCAAACUGUUUUGGUUUUUUCCCAUUUUCAAAAUCCAAAACAAAACAAGCUAAGGCAAACAAAAAAACACACUUAGCCAGAUCUCUCUUUCCACCACCCAAGAAGGUUAUUAAUAAGUAUUUAUAUAAAUAUAUAUUUGGCUAUGUAUCUUGUGUUUAGACUAAAGAACCUUUUCGAGAUUGAACUUUCUUCAUUCUCUUACCUGUCGUUUUGGCUUAGAGUUUGAGAUAUAUAUUUGAGUGUGAAGAACUAGAUACAAACACACACACACACAUAUUUAUAUAUAUACACUAAGCACUUAUUAUAACACAAUAUACCAAGAGCUAUAGAGCUUUGUUUUCUUUCUCUUGUAGUACUACGUACGGUAAACUCUCUCUAUUAGAUGCGUAUUAUGGCUGGUACUGAAGGGUUUUCUUCCAAUAUUAAUGGCUGGUUUGGCACUACUGCUCAUCUUCCUCAUCAUCAUAAUCAAGAGCCAAACCGUAACCCUACUAGCCCAAAACCAAACCCAACUACUACUACAACUGCUGUUGCCAAGAAGAAGAGAAAUCUCCCAGGAACACCAGAUCCAGAUGCGGAGGUUGUUGCAUUAUCUCCAAAGACCCUUAUGGCCACACACAGAUUCAUGUGUGAAAUAUGCAACAAAGGGUUCCAGAGAGAUCAGAACUUGCAGCUUCAUAGACGAGGUCACAACCUUCCAUGGAAGCUCCGGCAAAGGACUAACAAAGAUCAGGUGAAGAAGAAGGUGUACAUAUGUCCUGAAAAGAGUUGUGUCCACCAUGACCCUGGUCGAGCCCUGGGUGACCUUACUGGAAUAAAGAAACACUUUAGUCGAAAACAUGGUGAGAAGAAGUGGAAGUGUGAAAAGUGUUCGAAAAAAUAUGCAGUUCAAUCUGACUGGAAAGCUCACUCCAAGACUUGUGGUACUAGAGAGUACAAGUGUGAUUGUGGAACCCUCUUUUCCAGGAAAGAUAGCUUCAUUACACAUAGAGCGUUUUGUGAUGCCCUAGCAGAAGAGAGUGCUAGGCUUACUUCGGUUGUGUCCACCAAUCUGAGCUUUGGUAAUAGUAAUAAUAAUAAUGUUGAUGAUCACACUAAUGCUAUUACUACUAGUAGUACUAGUUCAAGUACAACUAUAGUUAAUAUGGACCAUUUAACACAUGGACUCGGCAUCAUGAGUGGUCGUACUAGUAGUCAUGGUUUUCAGCUUCAUCAAGAUCAUUUCAAUCAUCAUCUCAGCAAGUCAAGAUUAUCACUUUGGCUUAACCAAGCAAAUUCAUCAUCACAUAAUAAUAACCUUAUUAAUAAUAAUCCCAUGGAUUAUAUCUAUAGUAGCAGUGUGCCAGAGAUGAUUCAAAAUAUGGGAUCAACUACUAGUACUAGUAAUACUACUCUCUUUGGCUCUUGUUCUACUUCUGUGUCAAGUUUGGUUGGAUUAAAGGAAGAACCAAAUCGAGUACUUAACAACUCUUCAUCAUCAUCAGUAUCAUCCUCAUCAUCAAAGCCUAUUAUUGCUCCAAUAUCAGCCACAGCUCUUCUCCAAAAAGCAGCUCAAAUGGGCUCAACCAGAUCAUCAAGCAACCCUUCAUUUAGUACUACUACUACUACUACUAGCACAUCAUCACCAGGUGUAGUCAUGAUCAUGAACUCAUCUUCUUCAUCUUUAUUAUCUUCUUCAGCUACUCCUAGUAAUGUCAAUGUGGCCACCAACAUGGCUCAUCAUCAUCAUCAUCAUCAUGGAUACUUGGACGGUUCAAAUUUGAGAUCAUUAGGGAAUAACAUGUCAUUGUCAUCAUCAAAUAAUGGCAUCGAAAAUGGUCUGACCAGGGAUUUUCUAGGCUCGGGAUCAGGUGGAGAGGUGGAACAAAGGCAAUUCUUGUCACAUAAUUCCUUUGGCUCAUCAGCUAUGGGAUUGAGCCAAUUCACUGGCAACCACUGAUCGAUGCUACUGUAUUCAUAUAUAUAUAUAUAUAAAUGUGUAUGUGUGUGGAACAUAUCUAAUGAUGAUGAUGAUCUUGCGAAUGCAUGUGAACUCAGUGGGAUGAAAAGAUCAAUAUCAGAAGAAGUGAAAUGGGAAAAGAGAUCUCAGGCUGUGGAAGUAGGCCGGGCCCCCCAAAGAAGCAACAUUUGCAUAUGUCUGAAGUGACAGAACGAAGAGUGAACUACGAGUCAUAUAUUUAUAUAUAUAUUCAUUAUUUGUUUUCCUUUGUUGUUAUUCUUCGUGUUGUUUAGUCUUUGUCUUUGAAUCACUUAUCCUUUUCCUCGACGGCAUUUUUUUUCCCUCUCUUCUUUAAGUUCGGAAAACUACUUCAUGAUAACGAUAACGUGAGCGUGACAUAUAUUAAUUUCAAUAAAUAUAUAUAUAGUUGACCAUAUGUCAAACUUAUAUUUUGGGCUA